AAUUUGGGGAAUAAUUGCAAAUUUUGGUUGGUUUCUAACAAUCUUCAAGGUGAAAAAAAUGCAGGAAAUGGUUUGUUUCUCUUUGGAAUGGCUACCAGAUGGAAAGACUUAAAUUUUCUUGGCUUAGAUAUUAAUGAAAAGCUUGUAAGGCGUUGUCUCGACUCUGUUCAUAAAUCUGGUUUAACAAAUGGAUACUUCAUUGCAACAAAUGCAACAUCGACAUUUCGGUCCAUUGUUUCCAGUUACCGAGGAAAGUUGGUUCUUGUUUCAAUACAGUGUCCAAACCCUGAUUUCAAUAAACAAGAGCAUAGAAGGAGAAUGUUACAGAGGUCACUUAUAGAGGCAAUAUCCGAUCUUCUUACUGCAGGUGGAAAGGUUUUUCUGGAAUCUGACAUAGAAGCAGUUGCUGUGAGGAUGAAACAACAAUUUAUGAUGUAUGGCAAGGGUAAACUUGCAGUUCUAAAUGAUGAAGAUGAUCCUAAUAUUGGUCAAGACGGGUGGCUUGAGGAGAACCCUUUCAGCAUUCUGUCAGAUUGGGAACAGCAUGUCAUCAAUCGAGAGGCACCCAUGUACAGAAUAAUGAUAUCAAAAACUGAUCAAUGUUAAGGAAGCAACUUUGGGUUG